AGUGGCAGAUUGGUACAAGGAUUCUGUGCCAAGGGCUAGGGCGAUGGGUGCUUGAUAGGUGAUGCCACAGUGAAGGGGAUUGUGUCUGGUUCAGUUAGUUUUCAUCUCGGUUGGGUAAGAUGGAGUGGUACAUAAAGCAGCACGAAAGUUGGGGUCUGGUCAGGUCGGGUUGGGGCAGAGAGCAGAAAGUCGCGAGGGCAGCACGAAGGGCGGCGGAGAGAGGAGAGCGAUUCGAGCGCUCGAUGGGGGCGAUUCGCGAUCCGACGGCGACGUGUUUUGGUUGCGUUGACAUUGGAUGGCAGGGGUGGGAACUGACGGACAGGAGCGGAGUUGGCGGGAAGGGUGGUGGACCGAAUAUAUUCGAUAUGGGGUGCUUCAAUUCAAUCUGGUGAAGGUUCGAACUUUCGUUCGCUACCUCAAAAUAACCCAUCUGUAGAACGUAGAAGCUGUGUACAAUUGAGGAAUACUAUUCCAAAUUG